CUUGGGACUGGGCUGGGGAUGCCGGGAAGGACCCGAGGUCCCGGGCUGGGAUCGGCGGUUGUGCUUGCUCCGCUCGGCUGGCACCAUGUCCCGCGUGUUGGUGCCCUGCCACGUGAAAGGCACCGUGGCGCUGCAGGUGGGCGAUGUGCGCACCUCCCAAGGCCGGCCUGGCGUGCUGGUCAUCGAUGUCACCUUCCCCAACGUCGCGCCCUUCGAGUUGCAGGAGAUUACGUUUAAGAAUUACUACACAGCCUUUCUGAGCAUCCGUGUCCGCCAGUACACCUCGAUCCACACACAGGCCAAGUGGGUGACCUGCCUGCGGGACCACUGCCUGAUGCCUGACCCCCACAGCGAGGAGGGAGCUCAGGAGUAUGUAUCGCUGUCCAAGCACCAGAUGCUGUGUGACGUGGCUAGAGUGCUGGAGCUGCGCUUGAUCCUGCGGCAGCCGUCGCCACUGUGGCUGUCGUUCACCGUGGAGGAGCUGCAGAUCUACCAGCCGGGAGCAAAGAGCCCCUCCAUGACCUUCCCCAAGUGGCUUUCCCACCCAGUGCCUUGUGAGCAGCCUGCUCCCCUCCUUGAGGGCCUCCCGGACCCCAGCAGGGUGUCCUCAGAGGUGCAGCAGAUGUGGGCGCUGACAGAGAUGGUCCGGGCCAGUCGCACCUCCAGGAGGAUCGGCCGCUUCGAUGUGGAUGGCUGCUAUGACCUGAACUUGCUCUCCUACACCUGAGCCGUGGCUCUUACCCGAGACGGUGACCUUCCGGGCUGUCAGAGGCCAAAGUGCUUUCCCGCUGCAUCCCGAGUGCUGCCUGCCCGUUCUGCCUGGGUCACAUCCACAGAGUCAAGAUCCUUGGGGCUCACUGCGCCGCUUCAGCAUGAGCGCUUGGCGUGGGGUACACUCUGUCCUCACCUGGCUGCGACCCGAAACUCCUCCCCCCGCCCUAACGACAUUCCAGUCCCACUUACUAAGAACCCCUGUGUGCCCUGGGCCCUCCUGCCAUCUCGCAUCCCGUUGCCUCUGCUCCCAGCACCGGCCCUGUCCAACCUCGGGCGACUUUUACAAGAAUUCUUAGUUUCUCUGAGCCAAACUGACCACGUGCCAGGAAGCAAGACCUCCAGUGCUCGGCGUGGCACUCAGUCUGAGCCCCAGGGAGAAGCGGGAGCCCUGGUGCCCUUCGUCCCCUUUGUGUCGCGCCCACAGAGGCAUUCCCUGUCCGGGCACCUGCUGCCUGCCCGGGAGCAGAGCCGGCGGCGGGCCUAGGAGCCCUGUCUCUGAGACGGCCGUGGAUGUGUGUUCAAGUGGGUCUGCCCCCUGGCCGAGCCGGAGCCUGUGGCCAGGCCGGGGCCUGAGGAUGCGCCCUGGGACCUGCUUGCCAUCUGACCCAGCCCCACGUACAUCCUCGUCCCCUCUCCCAGCUGCCCUCGUGUGUGUGUGUGUGUGUGUGUGUGUGUGUGUGUGUGUGUGGCUCCACAGCUUCCCGGGAAGGUCAGCCACCUGGUGGCCCCUCUUCUCUCACCGCAGGGUUCUUACCGGUGGCCCCUCAGCUCCGCGUACUUGGCUCUCUUCAGCUGUUGCUAAGGAAGCAGGACCCGCACAGGGCCCAGUGUGCAGCAAGAUCAAUAAAUACUGUGGAAUGCAUGA